CAGCGGAGGCCCAGGAUGCCCGGGCCGCGCGUCCCGGGGGAGCCCCGCGAGCCCGCGCCCAGGGAGCGCCGGCCGCUGCUGGCGCGCGGGCCGCGGAGGCCCCGUCGGUGGUGGCGGGCGGCGGCGGCCGCGGUGCUGCUGGUGGAGACGCUGGAGCGCGCUGCCUUCUUCGGCGUCGCGGGCAACCUCGUGCUCUACCUCAACAGCGCCGACCUGCAGUGGGCCGGCGAGCAGGCGUCCCGCGCCGCUCUCGUCUUCCUGGGCGCGUCCUACCUGCUGGCGCCCGUGGGCGGCUGGCUGGCCGACGUGUACCUGGGCCGCUACCAAGCCAUCGCGCUCAGCCUGCUGCUCUACCUGGCCGCCACCGGCCUGCUGGCCGCCACCGCCUUCCCUGACGGCCGCCGCUCCUUCUGCGGCGAGAGGCCCGCCUUGCCGCUGGAGCCCUCCUGCCACCCGCCGGACUGCCUGCACACCUCGCCCAGCCCCUACUGCGCGCCCACCCUCUACGCCGCGCUGCUGCUGCUCGGUCUGGCCGCCAGCUCCGUCCGGAGCAACCUCACCUCUUUCGGAGCCGACCAGGUGAUGGAUCUCGGUCGCCAUGCCAACCAGCGCUUCUUCAACUGGUUUUAUUGGAGCAUCAACCUGGGUGCGGUGCUGUCGCUGCUGGUGGUGGCUUUUAUCCAACAGAACAUCAGCUUCCUGGUGGGCUACUGCAUCCCUGUGGGCUGUGUGGGCCUGGCCUUCUUCAUCUUCCUCUUUGCCACCCCAAGCUUUGUUACCAAGCCCCCCACAGGCAGCCAAGUGUCUUCCAUGCUUAAACUUGCUCUCCAAAACUGCUGUCCCCGGCUGUGGCACCGACACUCUGCUAGAGACUCUCCAGGCGCCCAUCUGCUGCCUGACCAGAGGUCUCAGCAGCCUGGCCCUUCCCCCCAAGAGGACAUCGCCAACUUCCAGGUGCUGGUGAAGAUCUUGCCUGUCAUGGUGACCUUGGUGCCCUACUGGAUGGUGUACUUCCAGAUGCAGUCCACCUAUGUCCUGCAAGGUCUUCACCUCCACAUCCCGAACAUCUUCCCAAACUACCCUGCCAACAGCUCUGUGGCUCUGAGAGCCCAGGGCAGCAGCUACAAGAUCCCAGAAGCCUGGCUCCUCCUGGCCAACGUCGUGGUCUUGCUGAUUCUGGUGCCAGUAAAGGACCACCUGCUCGACCCUUUACUGCUACGGUGCAAGCUGCUUCCCUCGGCUCUGCAGAAGAUGGCACUGGGGAUGUUCUUUGGUUUCACCUCCGUCAUUGUGGCAGGAGUCCUGGAGAUGGAGCGUUUAGAAUACAUCAGUCACAACCAGACGGUGUCCCAGCAGAUCGGGCAGAACAUAUACUAUGCAGCACCACUGUCCAUCUGGUGGCAGAUCCCUCAGUACCUGCUCAUCGGGAUCAGUGAGAUCUUUGCCAGCAUCCCAGGCUUGGAGUUUGCGUACUCAGAGGCCCCACGCUCCAUGCAGGGUGCCAUCAUGGGCAUCUUCUUCUGCCUGUCGGGAGUGGGCUCGCUGUUGGGCUCCAGCCUGGUGGCACUGCUGUCACUGCCGGGAGGCUGGCUGCACUGCCCCCAGGACUCUGGGAACAUCAACAAAUGCCGAAUGGACCUCUACUUCUUCCUGCUGGCUGGCAUUCAGGCUGCCACGACCAUCCUGUUUAUUGGGAUCACUGGUCGCUAUGAGAGGGCGGCCCAGAGCCGAGCCUCCCAAAGCUGUCCCAAGAGGGACAGUGGCUGAACACACCCCCGACCCUAGUCCCUCACUUCUCUCCCCCCAACAUAGACUGCAGCAGUCCGC